AUCAUCGUAUCUUCGUCGUUUCCGUUAAAGCAAACUGUUGCUAGUGAGGUAGCUCACCGUCAAUUGAAUUGAAUUGUGCAGCUAUUAAGACGCACUAGUUUCCACUCAACCUCACGUUGUUAUCAAUAUGGGGUCCUCCAAAAAACACAAGGAAAAGGGACGAGAAAAAGAUAAAGAUGCAGAAGAUCGUCAUCGGGAACACAAAAAACACCGUCACAAGGACCGAGAAAGAGAUAAGGAACGGGAUGCCACCAGAGACAGAGAAAAGCGAAAACGGUCUAGGUCCAAGGAUAGAAGCGGACGCGGUACAGAGAAGGAAAGUAGAAGCAAAGCCGACAAGAGUACCGGAGAGCCCCGAGUCAAGAAAGAAAAGGUUGAGUCUGGAUAUGAGGCGAGCACAUCCACAGACAUUGGACCACAAUCUGCAAGUGGCGAUGCCUCCCUGAGCAUCGAGGAGACCAACAAAUUGAGAGCCAAGCUGGGUCUAAAACCGCUGGAACUAAAUGAAGCCAAGAAAGAGCUUGGUACCAAGGAGGACCCGAAGGUGGCAGAGACGAUUAACCCCGUCACUAUCCGAAAGCAGAAGGACAUGAGGGAGAAACUAGCGGCUAUGAAAGAAAAACGCCUCCUAAAUAAGAAACUGGGGAAAGUGAAGACUCUAGCAGAGGAAGACUGGUUGGAUGACACCACUGCCUGGGUUGAGAAAAGCCGGAAGCUGGCCAAAGAGAAAGAACUGGCAGAGAAGAGAGAGAAACUUCUGGAGGAGAUGGACCAAGAGUUUGGUGUGAGCAGUCUGGUGGAAGAGGAGUUUGGUCAGGCAAAGAAGGUAGCCUACAGUUCCAGGGACUUAAAGGGCCUUACAGUGCAGCACAAGAUGGAAUCAUUCAAUGAGGGAGAGACAGUCAUCCUUACACUGGAGGACAAAGGUGAUUGGAGGAGCACAGGAAAUGUAAAGCAACCUUCCUCUUGACUGCAGCCGUUCUGUAACCUGUGUC